GCUUCCUCCAGCAAAACCCCGCCUCCGCUUUUCCAUGCAUUGGCGCGCUUCGCCGCUCUGUGUUCGUGUGUUUCUGCUCCUCCCCGAGUGGUGGUGGAUUCACUAUAGCGGGCUGCGAAAGGAAACACAGCAGGCAUGAGUGCGGCGGGUAACGCUCAGCCCGGUUCGGCCGCCGGUCUCGUCCAGCAAGGACUGAAAGAAGCUCUUAUCGAGACGCUGACAGCCAUCCUGUCCCCAGUCCAAGAAGUGCGCGCUGCCGCGGAGGAGCAGAUCAAAGUGCUGGAAGUAACUGAAGAGUUUGGCGUCCACCUGGCAGAACUCACGGUUGACCCUCAGGGAGCACUCGCUAUCCGUCAGUUAGCAUCUGUCAUCCUAAAGCAGUAUGUGGAGACUCAUUGGUGUUCCCAGUCAGAGAAGUUCAGACCUCCUGAAACCUCAGAACAGGCUAAAGCUGCCAUCAGGGAGCUACUGCCGAGUGGUUUGCAAGAAUCAAUGAGCAAAGUUCGCUCCAGUGUUGCGUAUGCUGUUUCAGCCAUCGCCCACUGGGACUGGCCUGAGGCUUGGCCGCAGCUCUUCACGCUCCUCAUGGAGAUGCUGGUCAGUGGAGACGUCAGUGCCGUACACGGAGCCAUGAGGGUCCUCACAGAGUUCACUCGAGAAGUGACAGAUACCCAGAUGCCCCUGGUGGCUCCAGUCAUCUUACCUGAGAUGUACAAAAUUUUCACCAUGGCUGAGGUUUAUAGUAUUCGUACCCGCUCCAGAGCAGUGGAGAUAUUUACCACCUGUGCCAACCUCAUUUGUGCUAUUGAAGAGCUUGAAAAGGGUGCAGCCAAAGCAUUAAUCUUCCCAGUGGUCCAGCAGUUCACAGAGGCGUUUGUGCAGGCUCUACAGAUGCCGGAUGGACCCUCAUCAGAUAGUGGCCUCAAGAUGGAAGUUCUCAAGGCAGUAACAGCUUUAGUGAAAAAUUUUCCCAAACCCAUGGUGUCCUCCAUGCAGCAGAUCUUACCCAUCGUAUGGAACACACUGACUGAAAGUGCAGCUUUUUAUGUAAGAACAGAAGUCAACUACACAGAGGAAGUGGAGGAUCCUGUUGACUCAGAUGGGGAAGUUUUGGGUUUUGAGAAUCUGGUGUUCAGCAUUUUUGAGUUUGUCCACACGCUGCUAGAGAACAACAAGUUUAAGAGCACAGUGAAGAAAGCUCUGCCUGAACUGAUCUACUACAUCAUUCUGUAUAUGCAGAUCACAGAAGACCAGAUCAAAGUGUGGACGGCUAACCCUCAGCAGUUUGUAGAGGAUGAGGAUGAUGACACCUUUUCCUACUCUGUCAGGAUCUCGGCUCAGGACCUUCUGCUGGCUGUGGCUGCAGAGUUUCAGAAUGAGAGUGCAGCAGCGUUGGCAGCAGCUGCUACCAGACACCUCCAGGAGGCAGAGCAGGACAAAAACAGUGGCAAUGAGCACUGGUGGAAGAUCCACGAGGCCUCCAUGUUGGCCCUCGGUUCAGUCAAGACAAUCAUUACAGAGAAUGUGAAGAACGGCCGUAUCCAGUUUGAUAUGCAUGGUUUUCUGGCUGGUGUCAUCCUGGCUGAUCUUAACCUGGCAGCGGCGUCUCCGUUCCUCCUCGGCCGGGCUCUGUGGGCGGCCAGUCGCUUCACAGCAGCCAUGUCUCCUGAACUCAUCCAGCAGUUCCUCCAGGCCACUGUCAGUGGCCUCCAUGACAGCCAGCCACCAUCCGUCCGUAUCUCUGCCGUCAGGGCCAUCUGGGGGUACUGUGAUCAGUUAAAGCUGUCAGAGAGUACGCAUGUCCUUCAGCCCUUCCUACCCAGUAUCCUUGAGGGACUGGUCCAACUGGCGGCCCAGUUCAGCUCAGAGGUGCUCACACUCGUCAUGGAGACACUGUGCAUCGUCUGCACCGUCGACCCAGCCUUUACCACCAGUGCUGAGAAUAAGAUCUGCCCCCUCACCAUUGCCAUUUUCCUUAAAUAUAACAAUGACCCCGUGGUGGCCUCCCUCGCUCAGGACAUCUUCAAAGAACUGGCUCAAAUCGAAGGUUGCCAGGGACCGAUGCAGAUGCGUCUCAUCCCCACGCUGGUCAGCAUUAUGCAGGCUCCCUCUGACAAAAUCCCCACUGGACUCUGUGCUACUUCCAUAGACAUCCUGACUACUGUGGUCCGAAACACAAAACCCCCUCUGUCAGAGAUGUUGGUGUGUCAGGCAUUUCCUGUGGUUGCACAGUGUAUCUUACACACUGACGACAACACAAUAAUGCAGAAUGGGGGUGAGUGUCUACGGGCGUACGUCUCUGUCGCCCUCGAGCAGAUUGCCCAAUGGAGGGACGAGCAGGGAAACGGCGGGCUCUGGUACGUCAUGCAGGUGGUCAACCAGCUGCUGGACCCCCGGACCUCAGAAUUUACAGCGGCCUUCGUGGGCAGGCUGGUGUCAACGCUGAUCUCUCGGGCGGGAACUGAGCUUGGGGAACAACUGGACCAGAUCCUCAGAGCGAUUCUGAGCAAAAUGCAACAAGCUGAGACUCUGAGUGUCAUGCAGUCUCUGAUUAUGGUUUUUGCCCACCUGGUUCACUCUCAGCUGGAGCCUCUACUGGAGUUUUUAUGCAGUCUGCCAGGGCCGACAGGGAAACCCGCCCUGGAGUUUGUUAUGACUGAGUGGAUGAGCAGGCAACAUCUUUUCUACGGACAGUAUGAGGGUAAAGUCAGCACUGUGGCUCUUUGUAAGCUGCUGCAGCACGGUCUCAACACCGAUGACAAACGCCUUCAAGACAUCGUUGUGAAGGGAGAAGAAAUCUACAACCCCGACGACGGCAUCCGCACACGCUCCAAAUCUGCCAAAAACCCAGAGCGCUGGACCAACAUUCCUUUGCUCGUUAAGAUCUUUAAACUGAUCAUCAAUGAGCUGUCGACUGUGGUGGAGGCAAACGCAAGCAGGGCCAACGCACCAGACUGGAGCCAAGAUUCCAGUGGCAUGUGGGAGGAGCAGGAGGAUGAAGAAGGGGAUGAUGACGAUGAGGAUGAAGGGCUGGCAGGACAGUUGCUCUCUGAUCUUAUUGCCUCAAAUAAAUAUGAUGAUGAUUAUUAUGAGGAUGAUGAAGAGGACGAUCCAGAUGCCUUGAAAGACCCUAUAUAUCAGAUUGAUAUGCAGGCAUACCUGACAGACUUCCUGACACAGUUUGCCCAGCAGCCAUGUUAUAGUAUGUUCUCAGGCCACCUCAACAACACUGAGAGACAAACUCUGCAAUCUAUAGGCCUCUAGCCCCAUUGUAUACCCCUCCAACGCAUCAUCUUCCAUCAGCAACACCUUGAAAGGUUCCUCUAUUGCCCUGUCACUUAACUGUCACGAUGAAUUUAUAAAAUGAUGAAAGAACAGAAGAAAACUGGCAGCAGAGGGGAACCAGGUGGGAACAGACUUGUGCACUUACCCCUGUUUCUACAUAAGAGUGACAGGAUGAAGCACGUAAGAACUUUUCAGAUGUUAAAGUGAGGAUGAGGAGGUAAGAGACUGCAGGUCUCUUGCUGAUGAAGGUUCGAUGUCCCUUGGAUUUGGAGAAACUUCAAACUGGACAAGAAGAUUAAAGUCUCUUCAUAGACUGGGACAGGUGAAUGAAGACAUGAACUAUUUUGCCAUGUCCUGUUUGUAAAUUAGCUGGUCAUAUUUGUGUUUCUGUAUAAACAGUGAAAGGCAACAUGGAAAACGAUUCCAGGAGACGUAAAACAUCAAUUGAAGAGGAAAAAAAAACCUUAAUAUGAUGUUUAAUGGAGAAAAUUUUCAGCGGCCUUAUAUUCCAGAAAACAAUGACUGCUUCCGACGGGAAAUGACAAGCUCUUAGACCAGCUGUCAUGUCUCUGGUUAUGGUGGGUAUUUGGGAAUACACACUGACGCCAUGGUGACUCAGUUUUGUCAUUUCCUUUUAUCAAUUACUGGAAAAAUUUCUAAAUAAAAAUCUUAAAAUGA